AUGGCCCCGCCGCGCGCCCCGCGGGGGCCGCCGCCGCUCCCGCUGCUGCUGCUGCUGCUGCUGCCCGCCGCCCCCGGGGCGCGGGGCCAGCCGUCCCCCCCGGCCCGCCGGCCGCCCGAGCCCGGCCCCGGGCGCGAGCCGCUGCCGCCGGCGCCGCCGCCCACCGCGCCCCCCGGACCCCGCCGGGCGGCCCCCGCGCCGGACGCCGCCGCCCCCCGAGGCGGGAGCGCGGCUGCUGUAAGGAACCACACAGGAAACAUCACCUUGGAUCAGAAUCAAGUGGGCUUUUCCACAUUGGCCUCCAAGGAGGGCGUGAAGGUUCAGACCCCCGUCCAGAGUCACGCUCCUUCAGCUGCUCUAGAAAACCCCACUCCGCAUACUGAAACAGCAGGUGCCGGAGGAACAAACCACACCUCGAGGAGAACGAAGGCUAAUACUUCCCCUGCUGGGCCUGAGCGAGCAACAGCUCUGCCUUCCCCGAGCAGCCCUUCAGCCUUGGGAAGGCUUCCCCUGCCAGCCAGCAGUCCAGGGUCGGAAGGAGGAAGUGCCCCUUCUCACCCAGAGAGCAGAACCUCUUGGGGUUCCCUGGCGAGGGAGAAGGGGCUCCCCGAAGAAGUGACCGCGCAGACCCAAGUGGCCACUUCAGUUCUGAGCCAGGCCUCUCGUCCUGCCGUGGAGACGGGAGAAGAGGCCUCACUCUCCAGGAAGGGGAAUUCCUCAGAGCCAGAGCUCUCCUGGCUGCUUUCCUCCAGGACCUGGGCUUCCUCCCCGCCCUCAGGUCUCUCUGCAGCUUCUGGAAGUAUGGACGAGCUAAACCACUCCGCUGCUCCUCAAAGCCCCUCGGUCAGCUGGGCAAAGAGUGUGCAGGUUGCCACCAUCUUCCCCAAUGGUGUCCCCAGGGGGACCCCGUCUUUAGCUGUCAGUGCGGGACAGCUGAGCGACACAGAAGGUUUCUCUGAGGAUGCGGAAGCCGCCCCCACGUCAGCAUCAGCUCAUUCCUCACCGGCCGUGGCAGAACUGAGGAGAAACACCGGAAUGAGCGGGAGGCUGGGGGACGGGACAUUCAGGGAGGCCUCCACGGAGAAUGGAUUUGGCCUCACAGCUUCUGAGGUCUCAGCGGGAUUGUGGCAAAAUGAUUCCCCAGUCUCGGAAGGACCCCCGCAGGCCAGUGGCUCUGACAAGAGGAACGGGAGCCCCGCGUCUCGGACGGAGUCUGUGUCUGGGCCAGUCCCGUUGGGUGGAGCCGGAGAGAGCACUGCGCACUGGAUGUUGACCAACAGCAAGGCAUUUGAAGAUGUGACAGGAAGCUCCACUUCCUACCCUGGAGUGGUGAACUCUUCCGUUCUGACCCAGUUCUCAGCCUCUGCCCCACAGCCUGGAGGAAGUGACAGCGCGCUGGGGGCAGGGAGCGACGCCGAGCUGGCUACCGAGUCUUCGUCUUCCUCCUCCUCAGAGAGCCUGGAGUCCUUGGCUCCACGCGGCGAACGCUCAACCACGGAAGAUAGUCCCGAGCUGGGAAUUGGUGCCGACACGCAGGAGGGGUCCGAGGGAACCCCCAGAGCCCGCGCCCACAGCCCCCACACGUCAGCCACUUUCACUGGCAACGGGGAGCGCACGCUGCGAUCCGUCACCAACCGGACUUCCUCCGGGGACGCGGGGCGCUCCCAGGCGGCACCCCGGGAGGCAGAGAGCGCCACUCCGCAGGGGAAUGUGACCGCGGCUGUCACUGGGAUUAUCUACCAUCCGGCGAUUGGCACGGACCCUGAGGGGGGGCCCUCCAGCCACCACCCCGACCACACCUACGUCUCCUCCACCUUCACCAAAGGGGAGCGCGCUCUGCUGUCCAUCACCGACAACAGCUCCGCCCCGGACGCCGGGGAGAGGUCCACCGCGGCCGCCAAGAUCUCAAACUCUUCAGAUGCUGCUCCUUCCCCUCCUCAGGGGCAGACGGAAAGAAGGAACACCUCAUCCUUCCAAGGGGGAGGGGCGGGUGCUCGCCCUGCCACCGAGUCCCUGAGUCUGCACACAGCCCACCCCCCGCCCUACACGCCCGCCACGAACACAUCACGUUCCUGGGACCUUCCGGGCACACGCACCGGACGGGACAGCGACGCGCCUCCUUCGUCGGGGCCGCCUCUGCCCCCGCCCUCAGUGUCACAGCCCCACCGGUCCUCCUCCUCCUCCUCCUCCUCUUCCUCCUCCUCCUCCUCCUCCACCUCCUCCUCCUCCAGAGCCUCCGCCCACCCGCUGGAGGCCACCCCCGACGCGCCCACGCCUCUGCCCUCCUCGCCGCCCCCUUCGCCGGCAUCCCUGACGGUCCCGGCCCCCGUCACAGUGUCCGUGUCCCAGGCAACCCUCUCGCCGUCCUCUCUGACGCUGGCCCUGCCCAGGGCCAGGGACACGCCCGUGACCGCAGUUCGGCCGGCGACCGUGACAUCGCCCGUGGCCGUGCUCUCCCACGGCCAAACGGCAGAGCCUAAGAACCAGAGCAACCCACACCACGAACACGCGGCCGCGGCGUCCACGCCCCCGCGCUGGGAGUCUCUGCCCACAGAGGCCGCCGGAGCUGACACGGCGAGCUCCGCCUCGGGGGUCCCCGGGGCCCCCGCUUUACCGGAGUCCUCCACGGAGCCCACCCUCCCGGCCACGAGCACCAGGGUGGCCCGGACGCCUCCGGCGUGGACAGCCACCACGCCCAAGGCGCCCCCUCCCCCCGUGCCCACCCCAGACCCCUCGUCAAGCACGGCCACCCCGGUGGCCGGCCCCACCGCAGGGCAGACCGCAGCUGGGGAGCCGCUCCUGCCGACCAGCCCGGACACCCCAGCGCCGCGGGUCCCCACGGGAGCCGCCGUCACCACACAGAGGAGCCGAGGGCCUGUCGCUGGCACCACCCCAGGGAGCGCCCUGACCAGCGCACCCACAGCAGCGACGGUGCUGACCACGGGCGGCCCGGCCUCCCCUGUCCUCAGGACGUCCCCCGCUCCCCGGAGCACCCACGCCGCUCCGGCUGACGUGUCCCCUCCCCGGGCCACCACCGCCCGUGCUCAGAGCGGCACGCCGGCCCCCACGGCACGGGCGUCUCCAGCCUCAGUGAACGGCUGCGCCCCCAACCCCUGCCGCCACGGUGGGAAAUGCGUCAUGGACCCCGCCCUCGGCGGGCAUCGAUGCGUGUGCUCAGCCUCCUGGCAAGGCGAGGACUGCAGUGUGGAUGUGAAUGAGUGCCUCUCCAAUCCCUGCCCACCGCUGGCCGCGUGCAACAACACUCAGGGAUCCUUCACCUGCCGAUGCCCCAUUGGGUACCAGCUAGAGAAAGGAAUAUGCACUUUGGUUAGAACCUUCGUGACAGAGUUCAAAUUAAAGAAAACGUUUCCCAAUUCCACCGUGGAAAGACAUUCGGACCUGCGUGAAGUUGAAAACGAGGUCACCAGCACGCUGAAUAUGUGUUUUUCGGUGUUCCCUGGUUAUACCCGGUCCACAGUUCGUGCUUCAGGAGAGUCCGGCGCCGUGGCCCUGUCGCUGCAGACCACCUUCUCCCUGGCCUCCAACGUGACGCUGUUCGACCUGGCCGAUGGGAUGCAGAGGUGUGCCAACUCCUGCAGGUCCCCCGCCGAGGUCUGCCAGCUCCUGGGAUCGCAGAGGCGCAUCUUUAGAGCCGGCAGCCUGUGCAAGCGGAAGACCCCGGAGUGCGACAAGGAGACCUCCGUCUGCACAGACCUGGACGGGGUGGCGCUGUGCCAGUGCAAGGCGGGCUACUUCCAGUUCAACAAGAUGGACCACUCCUGCCGAGCAUGUGAAGACGGAUAUAGGCUUGAAAACGAAACCUGUAUGAGUUGCCCAUUUGGCCUUGGUGGUCUCAACUGUGGAAACCCCUACCAGCUUAUCACCGUAGUGAUUGCAGCAGCAGGAGGCGGGCUUCUGCUGAUCCUGGGCAUUGCACUGAUUGUCACCUGCUGCCGAAAGAAUAAAAAUGACAUAAGCAAACUCAUCUUCAAAAGUGGAGAUUUCCAAAUGUCCCCCUACGCCGAGUACCCCAAGAACCCUCGCUCACAGGAAUGGGGCCGAGAAGCUAUUGAGAUGCAUGAGAACGGAAGCACCAAAAACCUCCUCCAGAUGACGGACGUGUAUUACUCGCCCACCAGCGUAAGGAAUCCUGAACUUGAACGGAACGGACUCUACCCGGCCUACACUGGAUUGCCGGGAUCUCGGCAUUCUUGCAUUUUCCCGGGACAGUACAACCCGUCUUUCAUCAGUGAUGAGAGCAGGAGAAGAGACUACUUUUAA